AUGGCCUCGGUCUCAUCCCUCGACCAGGACGUCAGGAACCUCCGCCUGUCGCGCUACACUCCCCAGGCUGCCAACGAGGCCCGCGCAUGGAUCGAGCGCACUCUCGGCCAGUCGCUGCCCAACGGUGACCUCCUCGACGCGCUCAAGGACGGCGUUGCCCUCUGCAAACUCGCCAACCUCGCCAUCGCUUCCCAGCAUGCCGCAAUCAAGUUCAAGGCUAGCCCGAUGCCCUUCAUACAGAUGGAGAACAUCAGCCACUUCCUCCGAGCCUGCGAGAUGCCGCCCCUCAACAUGCCCGCACACGACCGCUUCCUGACCGUUGACCUGUUCGAACAGAAGGACCCCGCGCAAGUCUUGCAAUGCCUGGGCGCAUUUAGUAGACAGGCCAACAAGAUCAAUCCCUCCAGAUUUUCCACGACCAUUGGCGGGAAGAAGAACGGUGCGGCCAUGUCGCCCGCCACGACCGGCGGAAAUGCUGGCUUCUCAAAUGGUGGCAGCUUCAGACGACCAGCCAGUCCCACCAAACCAUCCGCCGCCGUGCCUGCCUCUUCGACGCGUGCUAUGAGCCCUGCCUUGACUGGAGGGUCCACUGGUUCGCAGAGCUCAGCCAAGUCACCCUCGGGUCCCGUAAGCAGUUGGAGCAAGAGAAGCGAUGAGGGUAUAACUUCACCUGCCUGGAAUAUCCACCAGUACGGCUACAUGGGUGGCGCGUCGCAGGGGAACCAGGGCAUCAGCUUUGGUGCAAGGCGCCAGAUUACUAGUCAGGCGCCUUCCGUGCCGAGCUUGGCCGGGAAGGAAAAGCUGCGCAGAGAGAAGGAGGCUGAGGUGGAGAGGCAGCGCCAACAGCAAACCGAGGAGCAAGAACGUCGGCGAAGGGCUGCUGAAGAGGAGGAAGAGAGGGCGAGGAUGGAGGAGGAGCGCCAGUGGGAAGAGGAAACAAAGAGACAGCGAGAGCAGGAGCGCAGACGGCUGGACGAUCAGAAGCGCGAGUGGGAGGAGCAAGAGCACAGAUGGAAGGAAGAAGAGGAGGCCCGCCGAAAGGAGGAUGCGGCGUUGCGGGCUACCAUGUCUAAGAAAGCGCCCGAGAAGCCGCGGGUACCGAGCUCCAGCAUUCUACGAGGGCAGACGUUGGCAGAAUACCAGAAAGAGCAGGCUGCGCUCUCGAGGAGUGCAAGCAGUGCAGCGGAAUCGGCGGAGACCCCCGAGCAGAAACGCGUGAGAGAGCUUGAGCAGCAACUGGAAGAAGCUCGAGAGCGUGAGCGACAGUACCAGGCCGAACGCGAAGAUCGCCUCCGCAAAGAGCAAAAAGAUGGGUCACGACCGGGUACAGCGGAUGCAGCUAGGCCACAAAGCGCGCACGAGAGCGAUGUGAGCUGGGCGGGCGACGAGCGGGAGUAUCUUCGACAGCAAUGGCAGAGCAGUCGAGAGACACCAUCGUCUCGGCCGGGCACCCAGCAACGUCCUCUUCCCACGCAACCUCAGACGGCGCCUACUCUCCCUCAGCGUGCGCUGCCAGAACAUACAGCUCAAGAGCCUCUCAAGGAGUCGAAGCCGCCCACAUUACCAUCUCGAUCACAGCCGUCUUCAUCGCCGUUUGGGACGAGACCGCUAUCCACUCCCUCCAAGGAUUCCGAGCCCUUCGAACCGGAGCAGCGCAAAUCUAACAGGACUGAUCAGUUCCUCGCAGCAAACGCGCCGCCUUCAAAUCCAGGUCCACGAAUAUCCUCAGCGCAGGAAGCUGGUGACACGUCGCUUGAGCAAUCUCAGCUUCGCGACAGCCGCAUUGCAUCACAACAGAAGACCAAAGCUGGUGGCUGGGCGAGCAAGUCGCUGCUUGAACGCGAGAUGGAGCGAGAGCGUGAAAGGCAGAAGGAAUGGGAGGCGAAUCAACAGGCCGUUCAGAGCGCGCCUCGGGACUCGACUCAGGGUACUGGAGAGGGACAGGCGUGGGAUGUCAAUCAGUACGGAUACAUGGGAGGAGAUUCGAUGAACAGAGGUAGCUCUGUGGGAAGUGGGAUCAAUAUCGGAGGGAGGAGACAAAUCAUUGGACCUAGGCCGCAGAAGUAG